AUGCUCCGUCGUACGUCCUCCACAUUUUCAGCAAAGCGAGUAUUUGUUGUGGGUGGGCAUAUUACAACGUUUGUGGGCAAAGGGUCACCACUUUUUAUCGAUAAAAAACACCCCGAUUUUGGCAAGAAGGAAAACAAAACACUGGAGGAACUUCUGGCAGAGAGCAUAAAUGGAGCACUGCAAAACACGGGUCUGCACGACGGCCGUGCGGCGCUCGUUGACAAACUUGUCGUCGGAAACUUCCUUGGCGAGUUGUUCUCUUCUCAAGGGCACCUUGGUCCGGCAGCGGUUGGCAGUCUCUCCGGCAGCAACAGUUCUGCCUUCCUAAACAAACCAGCUGUGCGCGUCGAGGGUGCGUGUGCAAGUGGUGGCCUCGCUGUGCAGUCCGCAUGGGAGGCACUACUCGCCGGUACUUCACAAAUCGCCCUUGCUGUGGGUGUUGAGGUUCAGACAACCGUCUCUGCACGUGUGGGUGGUGAUUAUCUCGCACGUGCAGCACACUACAAGCGCCAGCGACAGCUUGAUGACUUCACGUUCCCCUGCCUCUUCGCAAGACGUAUGAAGGCAAUCCAGGAGGCGGGUCAUUUUACGAUGGAAGACGCAGCGUAUGUGGCAGCGAAGGCUUACGCGAGUGGUAAUCGGAACCCUCUGGCCCACAUGCACGCGCGGAAGGUAACGUUAGACUUCUGCACACAAGCCUCCGACAAGAACCCUAACUUCCUUGGGAACGAAAUAUACAAGCCUUUCCUGCGGACCACGGACUGUUCACAGGUCAGUGAUGGCGGAGCUGCGGUUAUCCUCGCCAGUGAAGAAGGGUUGCAGAAGUUAGGCCUUUCACCCAACGACAACCGCCUCGUUGAAAUCAAAUCUCUCGCCAGCGCAGCCGGUAACCUCUAUGAGGACUCACCAGAUCUUACACGAAUGACUACUUCCAUGGUUGCGGCGCGAACUGCCCUUUCGAUGGCUGGCGUGAAGCCCGAGCAACUUCAGGUUGCAGAGGUGCAUGACUGCUUUACCAUCGCUGAGCUGCUAAUGUAUGAGGCCCUCGGUAUUGCAGAGUACGGGGGUGCGGGGGCCCUCAUCCGCAGUGGGGCAACGGCACUUGAUGGUCGCAUUCCAGUCAACACCGGGGGCGGUUUGUUGUCGUUCGGCCAUCCGGUAGGAGCCACUGGCGUGAAGCAGGUGCUGGAGGUGUACCGGCAGAUGAAGGGCCAAUGUGGGGAAUACCAAAUGAAGAACAUCCCCGGGAUUGGCGCCACGCUUAACAUGGGUGGUGAUGACAAGACUGCAGUGUCUAUGGUGCUAACGAAUAUCUAA